AUGAAUUCUUUGAAUGAUUUUGCGGAUAUCCUAAUUCAAUGCAACUCACAAGAUGAUGAAAUUCGACGACAGUCUGAAUCGGUAAGAGAUAGUUUUCUAAAUGAGCAAACAAAUCUUUUCUUUGAAUGGAUAAUUCAAAUAAUUUUAAAUGAUGAACAUUCAAAUUUACAUGAAUAUGCGAUACUCAUGAUUUAUUCGAUCUACAGACACCAAAAACAGAUCCUCACUCCAGAAAUUACGCAAAAAUUUUAUCAAGAUUUUAGACCAAUCAUUCCGCUGCUUCUUUCACUAAAUUCAAUUGCAUAUUUACAAAAGACAUGGAUUUCUUACGUCCUGGCCUUCGUUAUGACUCUUCUUCAUCAACAAUUUCCAGAAACUGACUUUAAUUUCAAUGAAAGCAUAAGAGAUCUUGAAAAAUCCAUAGGUACCAACUUCCUCUUUACAAUUAUUACAGAAUCUAUAGAGUGUUCACAAGAUUUAUGCACUUUUGAUUUAAAUUAUCUUUAUCAACUUAUACAGAGCAAUUCAACUCAAUUAUACGAUAUCGUCAAUUUAUACUUUUCAAUUAUUGCGAAAUCAGAGCCAAUUAACGAAUUUCUUGAAAUUUUUCCACAAAUCUUAGAGAUAAUUGACAAAUCAACAGAAUACCAGUAUCUUUCGAUCAUCGGCAACUUUUGUGAGAAGAAUUCUCCAUAUUUUCCAACAAUUUUCCUUGAUUUAUCAAAAUUUAUUUCAAAUAAAGUCAUGAAUUCAGAAGACGAGCAAACCAUCAUUCAAUGUUUAUUUAUAUUCGAAAAUAUAGUUCAAUACAACUCAGAAACAGUUCAAUUUUCAGUAGAUUUUUUUGAUAUUUUAAUUGACACUUUUAUUUCAGUUUUAAACAAGAUCGACUACAUGGAUGAUGAAAACUCUCUUAGUAGCAUCGCUCCUGACAUUGUUCAUCAAAUUACAAACUCAGGAUUACCAGGAAUAAAUUCCCGUUUCCUUCAGAGGUCGGAAACAUUCUUACAAGGUGAUUUAUCCGAAUACAUGUAUGGUUUCCUUGUUUUUAUUGCUUCAGGAACUUCUACAUUAGGAAUUGACGAAAUUUUAGGAGAUUCAUUAUUAGAACUCAUCAAUAGUGAUGAUAUUCGUAUAAAAUAUGUUGCAUAUAAAGUAUUUAAGCGUAUAGAGUACACUCUUGUUAAAAUUAAUUAUUCAGAAUUUGUUGAAGUUAUUUUCAAUGAUAUAUCAGCAGAUAGCAAUCACAAGAUUGUAACAUUGGCAUUAAGCUCGCUUUCCUUUAUAAUUGAUAAAUAUUUCCAUGUCAUUAAAGAUAAUUCUGAAGAAAUACAACAGAAACUGCUUGAAAGCUUCUCGUUCAUUGAUAACGAAGAUUGCUUGGCUACUUUGAUCGAAACUUUGACGAAAUUGCAAAAUACAAUUUCGAAAAUUCCAGAUAUCCAGUCAAUUUUCGAACUUUUCAAUAAUAUCCUUAAGGAAUGUGAUGGAAGCGAUGUUGUUAAGAUACAAAUCCUUAAUUCUGGCAUUUCUGUGCUAAAUACAGUAAAACAGAACGUAGAAAAGGAUAAAGAAGAGGAAGCGAAAGAGGAAUUAGAAAAAUAUGCCAAAAUUUUAUUAGAGCUUUGUGUAGAAAACCUUAAUCGAAAUGAAUCGGAAAUUGAUCCAAGAUUUAUGAAGAAAUACCAUGAAUCUAUGCUUACAAUCCUUGGUUAUAUACAAGAUGCUGGCGAAUACAGUAAUGAUCUUUGGAUUAGAGCGUUUAAUGUAAUAAUGAAGCCAAUUCAGUUCAAAGAAUUCUCCAGGAACGAAUAUAUUGACUUAACAGCCUUUACUGUUAUAGAUAGGAUACAAGGAAAUACAAAAUAUGCCAUUGAAAACACAAUUGUAGAUUUAUUAAUAGAAAACAUCAAUAUUAUUAAGUAUAUGUGUAGUAACCAAGCUUGUUUUGAUAAGUUAUUAGAGAAUAACAAUGAACAAUUGAAUUCUUUCCUUCAAAUUGUGAAUAAUUUUGUAUCUUCUGAAUAUUUCAUCGCAGAUAUUGCUGUUAUAUGUUUCGUAACACUCCAAUCAUUAUUCUCAUAUGCAUAUAAAACCAAUAACAAGGAAUUGGUCGAUAUUUUCCUUCAAAUUUUUGCAGAUGGAUUAUCUCGACAGAUGGGUAACGAAUUCAGUUAUUUAAACUUGACAAAUAUGUUUGAAUCUAUUCAGAAAAUCAUAGAAACACGGAAUUUUGACUUAAAUCAGUACCAAACUUUGAACGAAUCAAUUAUGAAGUUUGUAAUCAACACAUUGAAGUUCCAGUUGAAUAUAGCAACCGAAUAUUAUCAGUCCGGCCAAGAUACAAUGCCAGAAAACUAUUUUAUUGGCGAAUAUUUUUCCGGAAUAGAAAUGUUCGUAAAUCCAUUGAUUUGUUUGAUCAAAAUUGAUCAUGAGAUGUUGAAAAAUUUAUUUGGCGAAGAAAUUUUGCCUAUUUUAUUGAACGCAGCCCAAAACGAUAUUAUGAUCCAAAUUUAUCCAAGUUUGUUAUUAGUUUACACUGCAUUUGAACCAGAUGGAUCAUUAUUUGGCGAAUAUCAUGAUAUCUUCUACAAUUUAUUGAAUAUUCGCGUAGAAUGCUCAUCAAUAGAAAAUGAUGACUCUAAUCCAAUUUUUAUGAAAUACAGAGCUGCCCUUAAUAACUUUAUGAUGUUCUUCUUCGAAUUAUUCAAUGUAAUUCAUUAUCCUGAUAAUUAUAUCUUAGAAUUAUUAAAUUAUCUGAAAGGAGCCCUCGAAGAAGACUCUUUCUCUUAUCUUAAGAAUUAUACCAAUGUCAUCAAUGUUAUUGCUAGUAUUUACAUUUAUUAUCCUGAAAUUUAUUCUGAAAAUUUUGAAAAUGAGCUAUUAUUUGUUCUUAGUUGCCAUUUUGAACCUUCAGUAAGGAUCGAUGAUAAUGAUAACUAUUAUAUUGUCACUUUGCUCAUUGCUUCGUGGAUUUGCAAUUAUGGAGAUUAUUUAGACCAACAAGCUCAGCAAUGUGAUGAAAUUAAUGAUGAAUCCUAUUACUAUCAACUUUUCUCUUUGCUUUUCUACGAUGGAGCUUACAUUUACGAUUCAUUGUCUUGUCCUCACGAUGACGCACUGAAAAGGUUGAUCAACGUUGUGUUCUCAAGGGAAAUAGCUCGAAGUAGGUUUGUUUUGUUCCUUCAAUCGUACGAAGCCAGUGAUCCGGAUGUAAUUCAUGGAUUGGUGAACAAUAUAAAUAAUAUAAUCAAAGAAAAUAGCCAAAAGGCCAUGAGUAAUCAAAAUGGUCAAUAA